AUGAGGUCUGGUCUGUGGUUUCUGAGCAUGCUCAGUGCGUUUGUGUCCCUGUGGGAGGAGUCUGGCUGCGAGGCGAUGACUCUGAACUCCGUCCUCCUCCAUCCGGUGCCCAGAGGACAAGGAGCAACCGGAGAAGGAGUCCAGCAGAGAAGGAGGAGGAGGAGGAGCUGGGUGUGGAACCAGUUCUUCGUCCUGGAGGAGUACACCGGAGACGAGCCACUGUACAUCGGGAAGCUCCACUCUGACCUGGAUAAAGGAGACGGUGAGGUGCGGUACGUCCUGACCGGUGAAGGAGCGUCGUCCAUCUUCACCAUCGAUGAGACCACGGGAGACAUCCACGCCACCAGGAGGCUGGACCGGGAGCUGCAGGCGUUCUAUUCGCUGAGAGCUCAGGCUCGAGAUAAAACAACCAAUCAGCCUCUGGAACCAGAGUCCCAGUUCAUCAUCAAAGUCCAGGACAUCAACGACAACCAGCCCAAGUUCCUGGAUGGACCGCACACAGCCUGGGUCCCCGAGAGGUCGCCAGUUGGAACAUCAGUGGUGACGGUGGUGGCGACAGACGCUGAUGAUCCAACGUAUGGAAACUCUGCCAGACUGGUUUACAGCAUCCUGCAGGGGCCGCCAUACUUCUCCGUGGAGCCAAAGACAGGCGUGGUGCGGACAGCGCUGGCGGACCUGGACCGGGAGGUGCGGGACCAUUUCCUGUUGGUAAUUCAGGCCAAAGACAUGAUUGGUCAGAUGGGCGGUCUGACAGGAACAACGUCUGUUACCGUGAUGCUGACGGACGUCAACGACAACCCACCGCGCUUCCCCCGCAGGAGCUACCAGUUCCGGGUCCCAGAGUCGGCUCUGGUUUCGGCCGUGGUCGCUAAGAUCAAAGCUCUGGAUCCAGACCUGGGUCCGAACGCUGAGAUGGACUACAGGAUCCUGGAGGGGGACGGACUGGGAACCUUCCAGAUCAUCACAGAGCCAAACACACAGGAAGGACUGCUCACUCUGCAGAAGACUUUGGAUUUUGAGACGCGGCCGAUCUUCUCGCUGCGCGUUGAGGCGUCCAACCGCUACGUGGACGCCCGUUUCCUGGCGCCCGGCGCCUUCAGCGACGUGGUGGCGGUCCGGCUGCUGGUGGAGAACGUUGACGAGCCGCCGCUGUUCUCCUCCGCGGGAGCCACGAUGCAGAUCUCAGAGGCAGCGCCGAUCGGCACGGACCUGGGAUCAGUUUCAGCUCGAGACCCAGAUGCCAGAAACAGCCCCGUCAGGUAUUCUAUCGACAGGAAGUCGGACGUGGAGCGUUACUUUACCAUCGACAGCAUUUCAGGAGUCAUCACAACCGCCAGACCUCUGGACCGAGAGACGGUCGCUGUGCACAACAUCACCAUCCUCGCUACAGAGACCCUAAAUGUGUCUCAGGUGGGGAAAGCUGUGGUUCUGGUCUCCGUGACGGACGUUAACGACAAUGCUCCGAGCUUCGCCAUCGAGUAUCAACCGUUGGUCUGCGAGGACACUGAACCUGGACAGAUCAUUGAGACUCUGAGCGCUGUGGACCGAGACCAACCGGAGAACGGACAUCACUUCCUGUUCUCUCUGAGCACCGAGCAUGCUGGGAACUUCACCCUGAGAGACAACAAAGACAACACGGCGUCCGUCCUGACUGCGCCGGGUUUUCUGCGACGUGACCAUCCAGUCCACUUCCUGCCGGUGGUGAUCUCGGACGGCGCCCCCCCCCUCAGCAGCACCAACACGCUGUCCGUCACCGUCUGCGUCUGCCAGGUCCACGGAGACCACGGAGGCCGCCGCGCCUGCAGCCGGCCGCCGGCAACGCCGCUGGUCGCUGGCCUCACCACCGCCACGGCCCUACUCACCUGCAUCAUCACACUGCUGGGUGUUGUUGUGGUAAUAGCAGCUGUCAGGCACCAGAGGCGAGAGCCUCCGAUGACGGAGGAGGAGCGAGACAUCCUGGAGAACAUCGUUCGUUACGACGAUGAGGGCGGAGGAGAGGAAGACACCGAGGCUUUCGACAUGUUCACUCUGAGACAAACAGAACCGACACGCAGGAGACCCCUCAGAGACCACGAUGUCCUCCCGCUGCCACCGGGACCUCUCAGAGACCAUGAUUCCCAAGUGGAUAAGCAGCAUCUGUUCCAGGAGUUCAUCGGGGUCAGACUGCAGGAGGCGGACCGGGACCUGGCAGUACUGCCCUACGACUCACUGCAGACCUACGCCUUCGAGGGCAGCUGCUCGGCUGCCGAGUCUCUCAGCUCCCUGAAUUCUUUGGACUCGUUGGACUCGUUAGAGUCUGAGCAGGACUACGAGUUCCUGAGAGAGUGGGGGCCGAGGUUCAGGAAGCUGGCUGACCUUUAUGGACACGACGAGGGGGGCGGAGUCUGCUCGUAG